AUGGCAGACUUCACUGGGGAGGAGGUAGGCGUCUCCCACUGCCAUGCCCGGGGCAGGCACAAGAGAAAAAGACUAAGGGUGGCAAGCACUCCCUACCAGAAAUGGUUCUGGGAGGCUCCAGCCAGAGCUGCAGCUAACCAUUCACCCAUACCACAGGAAAGAACGCCUUCCCAAGUAAGCUUCAAGAGGUCACUGAGACGGAGAACUAACACCUGGUGCACACAGAUUUACACGGGCGAAAUGGUGAUCCCCAAGGAUACACAGAAUGGCGACUUCUGGGAUAACUCCUGGGACAUGGGGGGCCUGAUAGUGAUCGGCCUGUUCAUCGCCACAUUCCUCUUCUUCAUCAUAUUCGCCAUUGUGUUCGGGUGUGUGGAAAAGACUGUGUGUGAGGAGGACUGAAGUGACUUCCGGAGCCUUCAGAGGGCAGCAGGGGAAGCCGAGCUGACCUGCUCAGCCCACACCAGCGGGAGCCCUCCACUACCUCGGGCUCAGAAUCUAACCACUGGGUCUGGCUUUGGGAUUGGUCAAUUAGCGGGAUGGGAAGGCUGGUCUGAUACCAUUUCCGGCUCGCACACCCUGCUACCAGCUGAACACUAUGAGCGCACGGAGAGGGGCUCUGCUCCACCUCAGGAGACAGCAGCCAAGGCUCACAAGGUCUAAUAAGUGUCCCUGCCCAGGCGGCAAUUUUACAAGUCCUUCACAGAGAAGGACACAAAAUAUCAGAUGAAGUAAAAAUUUCUUUUCAAAUCCA